AUGAAGCUCGAUUCGGCAGGCACCGAGAGUGGGAUUGUGAAUCCUACCUUCUAUCAGGAGCUGAACGAAGAGCAAACGAACUCAGAAGCGGCGGCACGUGAUGUACCGUUGCCGCCGGUUGUCACCGUUUCACAUCCGAUGUACCAGCAACAUCAGCUCAAUGAUGCGUACCGAUAUCGGAAACCAAAGCGGGCCCUUCGGAGGGAGCUGAUGACCAGCGUACGGAAGGUGGAUGCAAAGACGUGCUGCAGUACGGUUUUCCCGCUGACGACCUGGUUGCCGGAGUACUCUUGGAGCAAAGACUUGGUGCGGGAUUUGAUUAGUGGCUGUACGGUGGCAGUGAUGCACAUUCCGCAGGGUAUCGGGUACGCACUGUUGGCCAACGUACCACCGAUCGUCGGCAUCUAUAUGGCGUUCUUUCCGGUGCUGGUGUACUUUUUGUUCGGUACCUCACGCCAUAAUUCAAUGGGAACAUUUGCCGUAGUGUCUAUUAUGGUCGGUAAAACCGUGCUCGCUUACACCGGCACCAGUGAACCCGGCGAACCGCCGCGUACUGCACUGGAUGUAGCAACUGCCGUCUGCUUCGUCGUCGGCAUAAUGCAGCUCAUAAUGUGCAUCUGCCGACUCGGUGUAAUAUCCUUCCUGCUAUCCGAUACGCUCGUUUCCGGCUUUACUACCGGUGCAGCCAUUCACGUCGUAACGUCACAGAUCAAGGACCUGCUAGGAAUAUCGUUACCCACGGUGGGCAGUAUGUUCGAAAUCGUUAAGACGUACAUCGAAAUCUUCAAGGAAAUUGUUAACGUUAACUGGGCCGCAAUCAUCAUCUCAACCAUUACGAUUAUCGUGCUGGUGGUUAACAACGAGAUCCUGAAGCCGAAGGUCGCUAAGCGUAGUGUCAUUCCGAUACCGAUCGAGCUGAUCGCGGUCAUUGCCGGUACAUUGCUGUCAAGGUACCUUGAGUUUCAAGAGAAGUACAGCAUCAAAACAAUCGGAACCAUCCCGACUGGAUUACCUGCUCCGACAUUGCCAGAUUUCAGCCUGAUGCCCUCGAUACUGCUCGACAGCUUCCCGGUGGCGAUGGUCGGCUACACCGUAUCCGUCUCGAUGGCCCUCAUAUUUGCGAAAAAGGAAAACUACGAGAUCGGUUUCAAUCAGGAACUGUUUGCGAUGGGCACCGGUAACGUGUUUAGCUCAUUCUUCUCCUGCUUCCCGUUUGCUGCCUCGCUGUCCCGUUCCUCCAUCCAGUACUCGGUCGGUGGACGGACCCAGAUUGCUUCCGUUAUUUCGUGCGGUUUGCUAGCGAUCGUACUGCUGUGGGUAGGACCGUUCUUUGAACCGCUGCCGCGAUGCGUACUGUCCGGCAUUAUUGUGGUAUCGCUCAAGGGGCUGUUAAUGCAGGUGACGCAGCUGAAAAGCUUCUGGCGCCAGAGCUGGAUCGAUGGUAUGGUGUGGAUACUGACGUUCCUGUCCGUGGUGCUAGUUGCGAUCGAUAUCGGUCUGCUGGUUGGGAUUGUGCUGAGCGUAUGUUGUAUUUUUUUCCGCGCUCUCAAACCGUAUACGUGUCUGCUGGGGAAUGUACCAAACACCGAUAUCUAUCUGGAUGUGAAUCGUUACGAUGGGCUGAUCCAACACGCCGGUAUAAAGAUAUUCCACUACUGUGGUGCGCUGAAUUUCGCUUCCCGUGCCGCCUUCAAAACAACGAUCUGUGAAACUCUUGGCAUUAAUCUUACCGAGGAGAUCAAGCGCCGAAAAGAUCCGGACUGGAAGCCAACCAUGGAGCAGGCCUGCCGGGUGCUGGUACUGGACUUUACCUCCCUCAGCUCCAUUGACCCGUCCGCUAUCGGAACCUUCAAGGCGUUGGUGCGGGAAUUCGAAGUGCUGGACAUCCAGACCGUUCUAGCCGGGUGUCAACCACCCGUCUUCGAAGUGAUGCAAAGGUGUGAAUUAAUAGGCGACAUCGGCAAACCGUACUGUCGGGUGUUUACCUCCGUGCAUGACGCUGUACAAUAUGCGCGGGAAUAUGUAGGAAGUGGUUCCAUCAGUGGGAGCGUCGUUUCCGAAGCUACCGGGAUUGUGUAG